UGCAAUCAUGUUACUUGUCGUUGUGGUAUGACCCAAUGUUAUUUAUGCAGACAAACUGGAAUUCAACACGAUCAUUUUUGCCAACAUUUUCGCGAUAGAUAUCAAAAAAGCUGUAAUCAAUGCAACAAAAAAUGUCUUCUCUACGAAGACCCAAACAAGAUAGACCAACAAAUGAUUAAGGAAAUUCGUGAAAAAGGAGAGGCUUCUGUUCGUUUCACAACUCAAACAAGUCCAAAUCGGAAGUCUAAUGUUGCAUCACGAGCCACUUCUAAUCCAGCUACAACAAACUCAACAAGUUCCGAUACAGAUGUGACAUUAUUAGUGGGUAUCACAAUUGGUUUAGUAAUAGUUAAUGUGGUUAUUUGGGGAUAUAGGUGA